UGGCGUGGCGAUUCCUCUAAUUUAAUAUAUUAUAUGUGCACUUCUGUGAUCACUCACGGCUGGUUCGCUCAUGCUAACAGCAUACACACGUACAAUUUUGGCAGCACGUUAAAGCAGCGCUCACAGCACACACGACGCAAGACAGACUACAACAGCAACUCCCUAAAACUACGCUGCCUUCCCUCAUCAGUCACCGGCAGGUUUGUUACUUGCAUUCUCCUGUAUAUCUGUCAUUUUGCCAGUAAUGGGAUAAGGAAAGAUGAUAGAGGUGAAUCAACUUGUUUUCAACUAUUCUACAGCAGCAAAAAUCAUGUUAGGUUAACUGUAAGAGCCUUUCGCAAUGAGAGCCUUUCCAUACUAUGCCUACCAGGAGCGAGGUCUAUGUUUAUGGCACCAGAAAUUAGCUGGACCUUCAAUAAUGUCGAUUGGGAAGGACCCAGAGCCUUUGUAUGUUACCAGCCGGCCAGAAUUCUGAACAAGCUGCUGGUUUUGGCCAGGUGUCUGCCAAAUUAGUUUUCAAGAGGAGACUAAGGGUUUUACUUCAGGAGAAUUACUUCUACUCUCUGUGGAUCUGACAUCUCUUACAAACUGUGAGUAGAUAAUUCGUACCAUAGUUUUGCUACUUCUGCUACUUGCUACUGUUGGUACCAUUACAUUCUUUUGU